AUGUCAUCCCAUUUUAUAUCCCCUCAACUCCACCAUGUUUUCCGAAUCUCCUUCCAUUCUCUCAUCUUCUUAAGCUUUGAGCCUUGGAAGUGCCCGUUUCGGACGACCUGGUUAGCUGAUAUACACUCCACCUGGCCUAUGAUAUGCUACUACGGGAUCACCAAGCGGACCACAAAAACCCUACAAUCCCAUAUCGGCUUCGUUCUAGCCAGUCUUGCCAGUCAAUUUGAAUUAUAUCCGAGAACCACCGAUGAGGCCUUGGAACGUCGGGCUUAUGGUCACUCUCACAAAAGCCUAAGUGGGGAUGACGAGCUAGAGGAAUCAGCAAUGAGUACAAAUUGUAGAAGGAAUCUCAGUGUCACGGGGUACAUUGAAGCUGCAGAGACACACUAG